AUGCCACAGUCAGCGACCCGCUCUAACAAGCACGCAAAACCAGCAGAGAAUUCAGCUUCCAGCACAGAAAACGACAACUACGAUGACAGAGACGGCACGGGUCCCAUCUUCUUUUGGCGAGAAUGGGAAGAACCGCACGGCUUCCUCUGUCAAUUCUGCCGCUGCACCUUCAUUGACAAGCCUGGCGAAAGCCCAAUCCCAGGGCACGAGAAUACCUCAACCCAUCAGCAUACUUUCAACUGCGCGGAGCAAUACAUGAUGUGCCACAAAGCCCUCAUCCUCGCCACGCCUGAUCCACCUCAGAAGAAGAACACAAGCAGCAAAAGAUCCACGCACCCGCCACCUCGACCUAUUCCACCAGAGAGAAAGCAUCUCCCCGAAGCCAUUCUCACCUCCGACAACCCAAAUCAGCAAAAAUACCUAGCCCGCUCCGUGGCUUUCACUCCCAGGCAGGAGAAACUGUACAAUCGCUGCAGAUUCGAGAUCGUAGUGCAGGGCAACUACUACAAGUUCACGCAGAAUCCAGAGCUGAAGGCGAAACUGUUAGCGACUGGAGAUCGUCAGCUCGUCGAGGCGGCGCCGAACGAUCGGACUUGGGGGAUUGGAUUUUUGGCGAGAGAUGCGAGGAAGCAUGGUCAUCAGAAUGGGUGGGGGAUGAAUUUGCUUGGGAAGACAUUGGAGAGUGUGAGGGAAUUGGUACGGAGUGAAGAUGAGGAGGGGGAGGAAGCUCGCCUGGCUAUUGCUAACGAAGAAAGCGGAGAGGUAUAG